AUCAAAAGCAUCAUCACCGACAUCACGACCCUCAAAACCAGCCUGCCCCCGGGCAUCUUCGUGCGCCACGGCUGCUCGCGCCUCGACGUGCUCAAAUUCCUCAUCGUCGGCCCGCGCGACACGCCCUACGAGCUGGGCCUCUUCGAAUUCGACAUGCUGCUGCCGGAGAACUACCCCAACACGAACCCGCUCGUCAACUUCCGCACGACCGGCGGCGGCACCGCCUCCUUCAACCCAAACCUGUACCCGGACGGCAAGGUCUGCCUCUCCCUGCUCGGCACCUUCGCCGGCGAGCCCUGGAACCCGCGCGAGUCCACCCUGCUGCAGGUCCUGAUCAGCAUCCAGGCCAUGGUCUUCUGCGAGCAGCCCUUCUGCAACGAGCCCGCCCACGCCGCCGCCGCGGGGUCCCUGCAGAGCGCCGCGUACAAUGCUAGCUUGCACGCGCUGACGCUGCAGUUCGGCGUC